AAUAAUUCAUUGGAUAAACAUCACUUGGAAAUGUGGUAUAAUCUACAUGUCUGGAGUAUGAUGGAUAAAGCAUUUGAAAAUCUUGAAAAUGUGGAGGUUGUCAGGGUUGUCCCUGCAACCUCUUCUUUAAAAAGAAAGAUCCUAGGUAGUAGGUGUGAUCUGAUAGUUAGGAGGGGGUUCCUAGAAUUCGUGUGUUCAGAAGUAGGAAAAUUCUAUGAAGGCCCAAAAGGGACUAAAUUAUUAAUGGAAAGUUCAUUGAAAAUCCCCAAAGUUUUAAAAGACAUGUUGUAUGAUUUACACCAACAUGUGAACUUUGAUGAAGAUUCUUUAAGAAAAAUGGAAACUAUAGGAUUUGCACAUGCUGGGUUGAAAGUAAUCAUGUUAAGGUUGGACUCCCCAACUGGAUAUGUUUGUAGGGUAUUAAGAACAAAUAUGUUUGAAAUUCCUUCAAACAUUAAAGAAUUUGGUUCAAAAGCUUUAAACGUGUUAGUUAUGGCUUUAAAAGCAAAAUUAAUUGUACAAAAAAACAUAGAGCUUCUUGAACAUCAGGGCUCAAAAGAAGCUGAGAAGCAACUUCUAGACUUACAAGAAUGUCGUAAAACAACAACUAGUACAACAAAUUCGUUCUUUAAAUUACCUCUCACAUUAAGUAAAAAUUAUCCAUGA